AUGCCGGGUGCCAAGCCUCGCUGCCUCCUCAUCGGCGGCCAGUUCACAGGGAAUUUUUGCGCAAGGGAGCUGAAGAAGCAGUUCUAUGUCACGGUGAUUGAUGCGAAGGAGUACUUCGAGUACACCCCUGGGGUUCUCCGGGCCUUUGUGAGGCCUGCUCACUUGGACUCCUUGACCUUCACCUUGCAGCCAGUGUACGAGCGAAAGAUGGGCGUGAAGUUCAUCUGGGGAGAAGUCAAAGAGCUCAAUGGUGACAGGAAGACCGCCAUCGUGAAGACCAUGUUCUCGAACAACAUGGAUGAGAUUGGCUUCGACUAUUGCAUCAUCUGCUCAGGCUGCAACUUCGGGCCCUUCAAGCCCAUGGGUGAGAGCCUUUGGUUCCCGACCGUGCAUGAAGAGGGACGGGCCGUCAGCGACUGGAAGCACAUCGACGAGCGCUUCCUGGAGGGACGCCGCCGUCACGUUCUGGAGGAGUACCACAAGCUCCAGGACCUGAACAAGAAGAAGGCCACGGUUCUCAUCGUUGGAGCCGGCUUCAUCGGCGUUGAGUGGGCCACGGAGAUCGAGCACUUCUUCCCAGAUGUCAAGCUAACGAUCAUCGACUUCUUGCCUCGUUGCUUGGGACCUUUGCCGGACAGCGCUGCCAACUACUGCUCGGAGUACAUGAACGCCUGCGGCAUCAAGGAAUUCUACAGCUGCGGUUAUGACCCGAAGAACCCGGACUUCUGGAAGAAGAUCGAGCUGCCGAACGGAGCUGACGAGACAUACGUUUGCAUCGGCGUGAAGGCCUCUAACUACUUCAUGCCCAAGAACACCUUGUCCGACAAGGGCCCUGGUGGAGGUGGGUGGAUCCACUUCAACAAGCACCUGCAGGUCACGGUGAAGCCCUCCGAGGGUGGCGGUGUUUGGGCUGAUGGCUCCAUCUUCGCGGUUGGCGACUGCAACUACGGUUGCAUUGGGGAGCCCGGGAAAUGGGAGAUGCCACCCGUCCCGAAGAUCUCUUAUCCCGGCGAGGAGCAGGCCUACCACGCCUGCCUGAACGUCAUGCGCUUGGCGAAGAACCAGAAGAACCUCGUGAAGACCUGGUGGCCCUGGGGCGCCGGCAUGUUCGCCACGAGCCUGGGCCCUCACGAUGCCUGCUUCGUCGCUGGAGCCAACGAGAACAAGGGCUCUGGCUACAUGGUGAACUGGUGGAUCCCGGCAGCCCUGCAGAAGGAGAUCAUCGAGACCACCAAGAUCGACGAGUGUCGCGACCGUUGGAUCGGCAUCCUCAUUUGGCACUUCGUGCACCACACCCCGGUCCACCUCUUCGGCCGUGGCCCUUGGGUGGUGUAG